GAUCACAAAGGACAGAGUAAAGAAAAAUCUCGAUUCAUCAUAACUCAUUACGGAAUAUUCAAAAUAGGAUGGGAUUGGCUGAUACUACUCUGCACAUUCUACAUAGCCAUCACAGUACCGUACAAUGCAGCUGGAGGUAGUAGCGGAAACAGCGUUCGAACGUCAAUCGUCAGUGACGUCAUAGUGGAGAUGCUUUUUAUUAUUGAUAUAAUGCUCAAUUUUCGAACGACGUACGUAAACAAGAUUGGCCAAGUUGUUUAUGAAUCUCGCCUAAUUGCCCUUAACUAUUUCCGGGGCUGGUUCCUCCUUGACCUCCUGGCCGCCAUACCCUUUGACCUUUUGUACGCCUUCAGUGUUCAAACGAACGCAUUGCAUUUAUCGAAAGUGGCUCGGUUGCUCCGACUGGCUCGGUUGAUGUCGAAACUCGACCGAUUCAGCCAGUACAGCUUCGUCGUCCUCACUCUUCUCAUGGCCAUGUUCGGCGUGUUGGCCCACUGGCUGGCCUGCAUCUGGUACUGUAUCGGUCUGCAAGAACUCAUGAAUGAGCCGGAUUGGACCGUCGGAUGGCUGUACCAACUAUCCGAGAAACUCGAUUCUCCGAUCGUUAACCGAACAGCUAACGUACCGUCGAUAACGAGUAUGUACGUGUCAGCUCUCUAUUUCACCUGCACGAGCCUGACCAGUGUCGGUUUCGGUAAUGUCGCGCCCAACACUAAUUCUGAGAAGAUAUUCUCCGUAGUGGCUAUGCUCAUAGGAGCCCUCAUGCACGCAUUGGUGUUUGGGAACGUGACAGCCAUCAUACAGAGGAUGUAUGCCAGACGAGCCAUCUACCAAACGAAGACCCAGGACUUGAAGGAUUUCUUUCGCACGCAUCACAUCCCCAGACCGCUAAAACAGCGUAUGCAAGAGUACUUCCAAACUACCUGGUCGCUGAACAGCGGCAUUGACCCGCAGGAAGUGAUAAGGGACUUCCCUCUAGAGAUGCAGGGCGAUGUUGCCAUUCAUUUAUACAGGGAGAUACUAUCACUGCCCAUCUUUAACGGUAUCAGUCAGGGCUGUCUCAAAGCCAUUGCUAUGCAGGUAAAGCCGAUGUUCUGCGCGCCAGGUGAGUUCAUAAUAAGGAAGGGUGACGUCAUAGGGUUCGUCUAUUACAUCACCAAUGGCUCCCUUGAGGUUCUAAAGAUGGGCGUCGUCGUCGCCAUCUUGAGCAAAGGCGAUCUAUUCGGUUCCGACAUCAUCUCAGUUACACAGCAACAGCAGCAGCAACAGCAGCAAACGUCUUGCGACGUCAAGUCCCUGACCUACUGCGACCUGCAGUGCAUCAACUUUGCCGGAUUGAAAAAUGUUUUAAGGUUGUACCCGGAGUUCUACCUCCAGUACUCGAACGACCUCCUAACCGACCUGGCCUACAAUUUGAGGGAGGGC